AAACAUACAUAAGUUAUACCACUUUUUAUGCUCAGUCGAGACAUAAUGUAAGACGGUUUUUUUUUGAGGUAAAAACGAGAACGCCUGUUGACAGUUGUAAAAGUAAUUUGGUUCUUUUUUAUUUCACGAAAGAGUGAAAAAGAAAGAUAAACAAGCUGGCAACCAUCUGCCAACGGAUUUUGUUUUUAUAAAAUACGUGAAAUAGUUGUUUGGAUUUGUAGCUGCUAUUUAACAAAUUUUGAUUGAUAUUUAUGUUUAAAAAUGUAUAUAAAAUCAGUAAUUAUUGAUGGUUUUAAAUCUUAUGGAAGGAGAACAGAAAUACAUGGAUUCGAUCCAGAAUUUACUGCUAUUACAGGUUUGAACGGUACCGGCAAAUCAAAUAUUUUAGAUGCUAUUUGUUUUGUUUUGGGAAUAAGUAAUUUGAGUCAAGUACGAGCAACAUCUCUUCAAGAUCUCGUCUUUAAAAGUGGCCAAGCUGGUGUAACAAAAGCAACCGUUACACUAAUAUUUGAUAAUACAGAUAAGGAUCAAUGUCCAUUAGGUUAUGAGAAAUGUCUCGAAAUAUCUGUUACAAGACAAAUCGUAGUUGGCGGGAAGAACAAGUACUUAAUUAAUGGAAAAAAUGUUCAGAAUAAAAAGGUUGCAGAUCUCUUCUGUUCUGUACAACUUAAUGUGAAUAAUCCCAGUUUCCUAAUAAUGCAGGGACGAAUCACAAAAGUUUUAAAUAUGAAGCCACAAGAAACACUUUCAAUGAUAGAAGAAGCUGCUGGAACAAGUAUGUAUGAAAGCAAAAAAGUUGAAACUACGAGACUAAUAGAAAAAAAAGAUGUAAAAGUAAGGGAAACAGACACUUUAUUGAAAGAAGAAGUGGAACCUCGAUUAGAAAAAUUAAGAACAGAGACAGCAGCUUAUCAGGAAUUUCAGAAAAUCACAAGAGACAUUGAAUAUUUAACACGGAUUCAUAUUUCCUUUAAAUAUCUUAAAUGUAAGGAAGCGUUACAAGAAACUGAGAAAAACAUUCAAAAGAUAGACAAUCAUAUAACAAAUUGCAAAUUAAAAAUAACGGAAAAUCAAUCUGAAAUUAAAAAAUGCGAAGAAAUAGCUGAGAUAAUUCAACACAAAAUCGAUAACGAAAGUGGAGGAGAAUUAGCUGUUCUAGAGGAAAAACUUUCUAGUAAAUCGUCUCAAGAAGCAAAAUCUAAUGGUGAAAUAAAAGCAUUACAGGCAAAUAUUGAUCAAGAAAAUAAAAAAGUCAAAGCUUUAAAAAAAAGUAUUGAAGAUGAUAAUGAUGCUUUAAUCAAAACCAUGAGUAAAAUGGAAAAAGUUAAAGAUCUUUUUCAAAGUUUGAAAGAUGCAGAUGAAAAAGAUUCAAAAAUUUAUGAAGAGUCUCAAAAAAAAUUCGAAGCACUUACACAAGGUUUAUCAACAAAUGAGGAAGGCGAAGCUAGUUCUUUGCAAGAUCAAUUAAUAAACGCAAAAAAACAAGUAAGUGAAGCUCAAACAGCAAUAAAAACUUCUGAAAUGGAAUUGAAACAUACAAAACAAAUAUUAAAGCAGAAACAAAGUGAAACUCAAGUGAACGAUGCUGCUUAUUUGAAGGACAAAAAAUUACUCAACCAAAUUGAAAAUGAUCUUGAGCGAAUAAGUGCUGAUAUGUCAAAAUUAAACUAUCAAGAUGGAUUUCUAGAAAAUUUGGAAGAAAAAAGUGACGCUGUUAGUCAGGAAAUAAGAAAUUUGAAACAACAGCUAGAUAGGAAAAAUGCAUACCAGUAUGAGCUGCAAUACCGUGAUCCAGAGCCAAAUUUCGAUAGAAAUAAAGUUCGUGGAAUGGUUGGAAAACUUUUUAAAGUUAAAGAUAGUACAAAUAAUUUAGCAUUGCAAAUAACUUCUGGAGGAAUGUUAAGAAAUUUCGUAACUGAUGAUGAUAUAACGAGUAAAAAAAUAUUGGAGAAAGGUCAACUUCAACAUAGAGUUGUUUUUAUCCCCAUCAAUAAAAUUACGUCCUAUGUAAUAGAUCCGGCAACAGUACAAUUUGCUCAAAAUUUAGUUGGCAAACAAAAUGUAGAAUCUGCACUUAAUUUAAUUCAGUACGACAAACGAUAUGAUCCAGUAAUGAAAUAUGUUUUUGGAAGCACAUUAAUUUGCAAAGACAUGAACAUAGCAAAAAAGGUAACAUAUCAUAAAAACAUUAUGUGUAGAACUGUUACCCUUGAAGGAGAUAUUUGCGAUCCUGAGGGUACUCUUUCUGGUGGAUCACGUCCAAAAGGUCCAAAUUUAAUUCAAGAAAUGGCAGACAUUCGUUUUAUUGAGGAAAAUUUGGUGACAAAAGAGCAAGAACUUAAGGAAAUACAAAGAGAAAUGGCGCAAGUUCAAAAACUGGCUAAAUUUUAUAAUAAUUUGAAACGAACUUUUGAAUUGAGGCAACAUGAGUUGAACGCUUGUAAAGAUAGACUGGCGCAGACAAGUUUUCAACAGCAUCAACGCGAAAUUGACGAAUUAACAGAAAAAUCAAGUGCUUUAGAAAAUGCGUUAAGCACAGCUCAAGAAAAGUUAAAAACCCAGUCUAUUAAAGCUAAAGAAAUUGAAGCAAAAUUAAAAGAUGCUAAAGGUUUUCGUGAGAGAGAAUUGAAAGCUGCUUCAGAUGCAUUAAAAGCGGCAAAAAAGCAAAGUGAGGAAAGUAAAGCCAAGUGGAAAAAACAUGAAGAAGAGUUUGAAACACUGCAAUUAGAAAUACAAGAAAUUAAGAAAAGUAAAGAAAAUUCGGAACAUUCUUUAGAAAAAAUGGAACAAAAUUUACAAAAAUUACAGGAUGAAAUUGCGACACUUAAAAGUAAUUCAAAAGGAGUUGAGAAUGAAGUAGCAGAUUUAAAAAGUCAGAUAAAAGAACAAAAAGACAAAAUUAACUCGCAAAAUAGAGAAUUAAGGCAAAACUUGGCAAAAAAAGAUAAAAUGAUAAAACAAAUUCAAGAGUUUCAACUUGAAAUAAAAAAGAAGGAAAAUGAAAUGACUAAAGUUAAAAAUGAUAACAAGGAUGGCUUCAACAAAGUUACUGACUUAGAAAAAAAAUAUGGUUGGAUAGUUGAAGAUCGUGACUUUUUCGGUGUAAAAAACACACGAUAUGAUUAUGCAAGAGAAGAUCCAGUUGAAGCUGGUAAAAAGCUGCAGAAAUCAAAAGAAUUAAAAGAAAAAAUGGAAAGAAAUAUUAAUUUAAAAGCUAUCAUAUCGUUGCAACGUGAAGAAGAGCAAUAUAAAGAAACGAUGAGAAGAAAAAAAAUUGUCGAGCAAGACAAAGAAAAAAUUAAGAAUAUUAUCCACAAAAUGGAUGAACAGAAAAAAGAAAAAAUUGAAAAAGCUUGGAAGGAGGUAAACACAAACUUUAGCGGUAUAUUUAGCACUUUAUUACCGGGAGCCCAGGCUGAAUUAAGAGCAACUUUAAAUAAUAAUACUAUAACUGGUUUAGAAAUCAAAGUUGGGUUUAAUAAUGUUUGGAAAGAAUCUCUUGGUGAGUUGAGUGGGGGCCAAAGAUCUCUUGUAGCUUUGUCCUUAACACUAGCGAUGCUUAAGUUUUCGCCUGCUCCAUUGUACAUUUUAGACGAAGUUGACGCGGCAUUAGAUAUGUCUCAUACUCAAAAUAUUGGAAAUAUGUUUAAAACGUAUUUCAGGGACUCACAGUUUAUUGUUGUGUCACUAAAAGAUGGAAUGUUUAAUAACGCAAAUGUUCUAUUUCGAACUAGAUUUGAAGAAGGCGUAUCAGCUGUAUCAAGAACUGUUAAUAAAUCCAGAAAAUAGUUUUCGAUAUAAAAGAGGUCGUCUUGAAAGUCUUGAUUGAAUGUUACUUUUAUACAUAAAUUUCAAGGAAGUUGCUCUCUAAAUUUAAAUAAUGAAAUAAAUUGUAUU